AUGUCAGCCCAGGACAAACCUCAAUACUCUGAGCCUGUCUACACGACCGCUGUGGACCGCGCUCGUUACCCGUUUUAUAUCCCAAAUAUUGAGAAGAAGUUGGUUCCAGAAACCCGAGAACUCUUGGAAAAGUAUAGCCACAUUCCACUUGAACAACAGUCUGAGCAUGUUCACAAGAUCCGCGACCAAGCUUGGCAAAUUCGUGCCUACCCAUGCACUGGUGUUGGCGCCUGGCUUGUUCCUCAACUGUGCAAGUUACCCAUUUAUCCCGAGAUUCUGAGGCGUGUCAAUGCCGGGGAAACUUUUGUGGACAUUGGCUGUUUUGUUGGCCACGACCUUCGCCGCCUCGCGUAUGAUGGCGCACCCUCGAAUAACCUCUACGGAGUCGACAUUGUGAGCCAUUGGGAUGUGGGUUACGAAAUGUUUCGCGACCACGAUCGUUUCCGUGCCACAUUCAUUGAAGCAGACAUUCUGUCGGAUGCACCAGCUCUAAUGCUGUUGAAAGGCAAGAUCGACAUUCUAUCCGUUACUCAGGUUCUUCAUCAAUGGGACUGGGAUGCUCAGGUGAAAGUAGCCAAAGUGCUGACUACAUUUACGAAACCCGGCUCGUUGAUUGUAGGUAACCAAAUUGGAAAUCCAAAUGCGCAGGAAGUCACGCUAAAAUCUGUUUCUGUUCCGAUGUGGCGUCACAAUCCAGCAUCUUUCGAGAAGUUCUGGGCUCAGGUGGGCAACGAAACAGGCACGAAAUGGGAAGUUCAGUGUUGGAUGCGAUCGUUCCAAGAGAUGUCGUGGGAUUCCAAGGAUGGAGCGUGGAUGGAAGAAGGUGUAGGAAUCAUUGAAUUUGUAGUGAAGCAAGUGUAG